UAACUCCUUCGUUGCAUGAGGAAAUUAAUCCAAGUGCUGACACCUUAUGCUAUUCUUUUCCCCUGAGAAAAUAAAUGCAAAGCGGCUGCGAGUUGGUCGGCCUGUGAAUAAGGCAUCUCAUCCUGCCAUCCUGCGAAUAAAAGUGCCUUCUGCUGGUUGUGGUUAGGUUUACUGUGGUUGGAAAGAAAUGGUUGUUUAUCUAACGCUGAAGUUGGCAUUCCACUAAUGACACUGACUUUGUGCAAGUAAAAUACGAGGGAAAGAGCGAAAAGCACAAAAUGGCAUUGCUUGGGAGAUAUCUUAAUCAUUUAAACCAUUUGAAAACCAACUCUCCUGCCCUCUUUCACCAUUCAUGUAGAAGUUAUGCAGCCAAAAAGUCGUUCAGAGAAAAGUAUCAAGCCCUGUUUUAUCCACAGCGUCCUGAAGCGCCCUAUGACUUUGUGUGUCAAAUUGGGGAUCCUGUAUUGAGGCAAAAGUGUGAUCUGGUCGAUGAACAGUUAAUUGGUCUACCCAAAUUUCAAUCCUUCAUCGAAUUAAUGUGGAAAGUUCACAAGCUGUAUGGUUGUGUAGGACUUUCAGCACCACAACUGGGGCUGCCUUUACAAGUGGUUGUCAUCGGAUGCACAGAAGAAGAAUGUAAAGCCGCUAAAUCUGUAUUUGUCCAGCCAAUAGCCAAGAAGGUCCUCAUCAACCCAGUAAUGAAGGUCUUAAACUACAAAAGUAAAGUGACUGGGCCUGAAGCUUGUGCAAGCAUGUGCUGCUAUAGUGCCCUAGUAUCAAGGUUCUCUGAAGUCAGAGUAGAAGCUUUAAAUGAAAAAGGGACUAAAAUUGCUUUUGAUGCAAAUGGAUUUGAAGCCCGAAUAAUCCAGCAUGAAAUUGAUCACCUAAGUGGGACAAUGUAUGUAGAUAAAAUGGAACCCAGGACUCUAGAAUGCUCAGUUUGGCAAAAUGUCAAUGUGCGAAAAGGAAAUUGUCAAAUUAGAUUCAAACCAAUCAAAGAUUCUCUGUUACAUAAAAUGAAACUGAUUUGAUCAUUCUAGGGUUACAUUACAAUAAAUUUUAAGCUUGGAACCAUUA